UACUCGAGGAAAUUACAUACACAAGUUGUGACGAAAUGGAGGGUGGAAAAGAGCAAAGACUGGCGGUGGUUUCCAGGUUUAUGAUGGCUCAACAAAACCCUUUGGAGCAAUUGCAAACCAAGUUCAAGGAAGUCGAGAACGGGUUCAAGGCUUGGCUAGCCAAGCAGUCCAUGUCAGUCGAGGCGGCGGUGGUGACCGUCACAGGCGCCGCCCAGGGUGCUGCUAUCGGUGCUAUCAUGGGUACCCUAACCAACGACAUAUCCUCUUCUCUUCCAACUCCUCCUCAGGCUUCCCUCAAUCCUCAAGCAAUGUCUUCUCUCAAGCAAGCCCAGGCUCUAUCCGGAGGUCCCUGGGUUCAAGCUCGUAAUUUCGCGGUAAUGACCGGUGUCAAUGCCGGCAUAACUUCUGUUAUGAAAAGAUUGAGAGGGAAGGAGGAUGUUCAAUCUAGCAUGGUGGCGGCUUUUGGUUCUGGGGCCAUGUUUUCUUUAGUGAGUGGCAUGGGUGGCCCUAAUCAGGCUGCAAAUGUAGUCACUUCUGGACUUUUUUUCGCACUCGUUCAAGGCGGGCUUUUCCAGUUAGGGCAAAAGUUUUCUCAACCACCUGCUGAGGAUGUGUACUAUUCCCGAACAAGAUCCUUGUUAAACAGUCUUGGCCUCCAGAACUACGAGAAGAAUUUCAAGAAAGGCUUGUUAACCGAUAACACAUUGCCUUUGCUCACUGAUAGUGCUCUUAGAGAUGUGAAAAUACCCCCUGGGCCUAGGCUUCUUAUUCUUGACCAUAUUCAGAGAGACCCGGAAUUGAGAGAGAAGCGAUGAAGCCACGGCCCCACGGGUGAAGUUAGAUUGUCAAGGCAGUUCAUUAUGAAGGGGAAUAUCUCCGAAACUGUGGAAUAGGUGAGUAGUUUUUGUUUGUUUUUUAAUCGAAAUGAAUUUUGCUUUUCUUUCUUCUCUGUUGUCGUUAACAUCAUAUUUCAAUAAACACGCUUGUUUAGAAUUAAAGAUUCAAGUUCACACUAUCUUAAUGAAUUUAUCGAGUAGUUAUGGUUGCUGUUAUACUUAAGAUUGGAUAAAGAUGCUAGGUACAUGUGCUUGUAUGCAGUAAUUUUGGUAUUUGCCUUUGCAUUUUC